UGUUCGAGACCAGGAAGCGCCUGGAUUUCUAUAAACAGCUUUUCUGACCGCAGGAUCGCUAUCAGCGCUUCUCCUAAACAAUAAUGUGGUCAUUUAGAGGUGAGAGGGUCACCCGGGGGCAGAGAUGUAGGUGUUAAUGUCCGUGAUCACGAGAAGAUUGUGUUCUCUCGGCUUUCUGUCAGGAAUGUUGUUGAAAUCAGUGAAGAGGAAAUGAGCGCGUGCUAAGGGAACAGCAGCGCCGAUUGGGAUCCACUGCGAUCUACUGGGAUCCACUGGGGUCCACUCGACUCUUUAUUCUCUUUAUGACACAUGUGUUAUAGUUUAUUAGGAUGAACACAGAGGAAGUGGAGCUGCUCAGUGACUCUAAAUACAGGAACUAUGUGGCGGCGGUGGAUAAAGCGCUGAAGAACUUUGAGUAUUCCAGUGAAUGGGCAGAUCUCAUCUCAGCUCUCGGAAAACUCAACAAGGUUCUUCAGAACAAUGCUAAGUAUCAGGUCGUCCCGAAGAAGCUGACGAUCGGGAAGCGUUUAGCUCAGUGUCUUCACCCUGCGCUGCCCAGUGGAGUCCACCGCAAGGCUCUGGAGACAUAUGAGAUCAUCUUCAAGAUCAUUGGACCCAAACGCCUGGCCAAGGACCUGUUCCUGUACAGCUCUGGACUUUUCCCCCUGCUGUCAAACGCCUCCAUGUCGGUGAAGCCGGUGCUGUUGGGUCUGUACGAGACGUUUUAUCUGCCGCUGGGAAAAACACUGAAGCCGGGACUGCAGGGACUACUGACCGGUGUACUGCCCGGGCUCGAGGAGGGCUCCGACUACCACGACAGGACAAAUGCACUGUGUCUGAGAAGCUGUCGUGGUCUGCAUCUCAACCGCAAACUGUCCAUGGAGGACCAGCUGUACAUCAUCGGCAGUGACAUCGAGCUCAUGUGUCCAGGGGCGCAGAUGCGUAGUCCAGAUGCGUGUGCCUGCAUGUGUGGGCCAAGAUGUGCAGCUCAGAGUAUCCAGUGUGUGUCUGCAGAUUGUGUAGCGCCUGCGCAGAUAAAGCGCAGAUGUGUCAGAGGUAGUCCGUAA